AUGGACGACCCUGCAUUUGACGUCGAGACUGACCUUCAAACGCAAAGCAUACUUCUAGCUGCCGCGAAUCACGACAUUCCAUCUCUUCGAAACCUCCUCCGCAAUUCCUCCGCAAACGUUCAAGACUCCGAGACUGGCUUUACGCCUUUACAUGCGGCGAUUGCUGCCUGUGAGCCCGACUCUGAAGAGGACACGCAACAAUCCAAGGGUCACACCAAUGGAGACACGAAAAGCGCGAACGAGGAUGCGAAGCCGCACGAGGUCGAAGCAGCCAACAAGACCAUAAAGUUCCUCUUUGAGAACGGCGCGAUAUGGAAUGACCUAGACGUCAAUGGUGAGACGCCAGGUUGCAUAGCACGCAGACUGGGCUUGAAAGAGCUAUACGAGCUAUGCGUCGACGCGGGUGUGCGGGCUGAACUGCUGUUAAGUCGGUUAGAUGAAUACCAGCCGCUUGGGGAUGCCGAGUCGGAUGAGGAGUCGGAUGAGGACGAUACAAAGGCUGAAGAAGAGAUGGAGGGUAUCGAAGUGGUGGAUAUAGGUCAAGAGGACGUACAGGGCGACGAGUCAACCGAAAAUCCUGCCUACCUUGCGUCGACCCUAACUUUCGAUCGCGAUCGGUUAUUGGAUGGUUCUGCGAACGGUGUCAUGAUGGAGUGGGAGACUACACUGAUGCAAAGAUCCGCAGAGCUCCUAUUACCCACAAGUGGUCUGCGCGUACUAAACAUUGGCCAUGGUAUGGGUAUCAUCGAUGGCAUCUUCCAGGAAAAGCAGCCCAAGUCACACCACAUCAUCGAAGCGCAUCCAGAUGUUAUCAAGCGUUUGAAAGAGCAGGGAUGGCAUGAAAAGCCAGGCGUCGUCAUCCACGAAGGCCGGUGGCAGGACAUUGUCCCUGGACUCGUCGAGAAGGGCGAAUUGUUCGAUGCAAUCUACUUUGAUACCUUUGCUGAAGAAUACAAAGCACUGAGAGAGUUCUUCACUGAAUAUGUCAUCGGGCUACUUGAUCCCGCUGGUGGUUCAGAUGGCGAGGGAGGCCGAUUCGGCUUCUUCAACGGAAUGGGUGCGGACCGACAAGUCGUAUACGAUGUUUACAACAAGAUUGUCGAGAUCGACCUUUUCGAAGCUGGCUUUGACACGGAGUGGGAGACGAUCUCGGUGCCUAAUCUUGACGAGCAAGGCGAAUGGGAAGGAGUGAGGAGGAAAUAUUGGGUUCUUGAAAACUAUAAACUGCCGACUUGCAGCUUCAUCGGUUGA